AUGAAGUCGUUCCACAAAGUCGUCUACAAGCCCGACUCGCAGUCCACGGACGAGUUUAUGGUCAUCGUCAAUGGCGAGGAGUACAAGAAAUGGAUUGGGGGCGACAAGACCAUACCCCUCGCUGAAGUCGUCGAUUCUUUCGAUGUCUUCCACACCGGUCAGGGCGCCCAGGGCAUCAUGGGUAGACCCAGCAAGCAACAGCUCGACAGCGUGUUCGAUAGCCACAAGGACGUCGAUGUGGUGACCCACAUCUUGGAACGCGGCCAACUGCAGCAGAGUAGCUCCAAGGAAGGGUUUAGUACGACCAACGAUGCUAAGCAGGGCCAGAACACUACCAGCCGUGGCAGCGGCGGUGGCUUCGGUGGACGAUAG